UAUUUAUCAGCAUACACUGAUACAUUGGAAGUCUCAGUUUAUCCACACUGUGGUCAUAUAUUUAAAACAAGAGUCUGGGUUUUUGAACUUCUGCAUCGACAAUAUAAGUAAUUUUCUGACUAAAAAUACCGUGAGCGUAACAGACGGACUAUUCCGAAUGCCUCCGAUUGUUCAUACUGUUGAUACCUCGGGUAAUUCCGUGUUACCUUCGAGUGACAACCCGGAAACGUCAACAAUAACAACGUGCUCUUUCACCUGGUUGUGCAAUAUACACAGAAAUAAAGUGGUCAUUCACAGAAUAGAAUGAAUGAAUACACUCACUAAACAAUCACAUGUGUGUGCAAUAGUAUAUGGGUAGGGCAUAAAACAAGCAUAUAGCAUGCAUUUAUUGUUAAUAUGAUAUCUCGACAUUUGUAAAAGAAACUGAAAAUUACUGUGUCGGAUUGUCUUAAAACAUUGUAAAUAAACGAAAAAUGACUUCUGUAUUUGUCCCCGGCGUUGAGGAUGGUUCAAAUGAAAACGGAGAAAUACUUUACGAUGCUGACACUUUGCAGCAUAUUGAUAGUUUUGAAGAUCCGUGUUACGAUAAACUUGUUAAACAGUCUGACAUUUGUGACUUUGGUGAUCAAGGAUUUCUGUUGCACAAUCUGAUGAGUUCAAAAGAAUGUCAGCACUACAUUGAAACUGGCGAAAUAUCGGGAUUUCGUGAAUUACGAACAUCACAACGCAGUUACAGAGACUGUCAAAGAAUAAUAUUUGAGAGUUCUGGGUUAGCAUCUGUGUUAUGGGAAAGAAUUAAGGAUUUCUUGAAAGACAUCACAGUUGAAGGAGAUCCGUCGAAACAACACAUUCAUGGUGUCAAGUGUCUUGUACAGGGAACAUGGGAACCACAUCGUUUGAAUAAGGUCUUUAGAUUAUGUCGAUAUUAUCCUGGUGGACAUUUUGCUCCACACUUCGAUGGUCAUUUUGUUGAAAGUGCCACAGUGCGAUCAAUGAAGACACUGAUGUUAUAUCUCAACGGAGAUUUUAAUGGUGGCAGCACUAACUUUGUUGAUGAAAGUCAGACUUUGUACAAGGAUGCUGAUGGCAAGUUCUGUGCUGAAGAAAAAAAUAUUUUAUAUCGCAUUCAACCCGAAACAGGAAUGGGGAUCCUCUUUAAUCAUCAACGACUCCAUGAAGGACAGAAAUUAAGUGAUGGCGUAAAGUACAUCCUGAGAACAGACAUCAUGUUUAAAAACACCAGUAAGCCAUCCUUGUCGCCGGAUGAAGAAAAGGGGCUGCAGAUGAUACAAGAAGCAGAAAGAAAAGAGGCUGCCGGGGAAUGUUUAGAAGCAAUGGAGUUGUAUAGAAAGGCAUACAAACUAUGUCCAACAUUAGAAUCAGAAUCCUAUGGCAACUAGAACCUAUUUACAGUAAAGUAAUGAACCGGAAGGGACCAUGAUAGUUUGUUAUAGCAGUAGUUCAUUGUACACAUUUGCAGAAGUUGGUCAUUAAUAUAUAGGGAGCUAAAACAGGACUUUACAAUCCAUUCGUUCUAUGCAGUAAUUCGUUAUAAGCAUGUUCAUAAACAGAUCUGAUCUCAAGUCUUAUCAUGAUCAUAUUUUAUUAUGAUUUCACUGCCCCUGCCCUCGUGUUAUGACAUCUGCUUUUAAUAUAUAAAAAUCAGUAUUUAUUCAUUAUUGGGAAAAGGUAUAAAAGGACACAUCACCUUGUUUAAGGAAUUUACGUGUCUUCAUUUUUAUUGUUAAAUUUGUAAUAAAAGUUUUGUAAUAAAAUGUUAUUUAAUACCA